ACCUACUCCUCCUCGAUCAUCAUCGGAUUUGAGUGGUUGGAUGACGUACCCAAAGCUGAUCCAGUCAAAAUACCUUGCAUGCGAUGGAAGUGGCCAUCCACACACGAUACCGUCAGUCAUUUGCACCCACGACGGUGAUCCAUAACCGCCCUGCAGGGCCCCAUCUCGUCGUUGCCUGGAGGGCAGGCACGCACGCAUUGGCCAGUUUGAAAGGCAGGGCGGGGGGACGACGACGACGACGACUCAUCCGGUUUGCGACCUAGCUUACUUGACCUGCCUCUAUCAACAUCGAACCUCAAGGUACCUACCUCUCUCAACGUGUAAAAUUACCAAUACAGUCAGUUACGCGACAACAACGACAACAUCAUCAAGCUUGACAUUUUCCCAAGUACCAAGAGAUCAAAACACGUACCAACUUGAGUCACUUCACGGCAGAGGCCAAUCUUGUCCAGCACAAGACACCAACUUGCAGGGUUAAGUUACCUACCUAAUGCCGAAGAAAAGAGUCCAUUUCAAACAAUAUUCCAAACCGCAGUCAACUGCUCCAGCUUCAUUGAGCUCCACCGCUGCGGGCGCCGGCAGCCACAAUGGUGAAUCAGAAAGCCGCAGUGUCAAUCAGCGGCUCGCUGAACUGCGCCGUCUCGGUGUGAACAGUAAUAGUAAUGCUCAAGGCGCAUUAGAUGUUCGGCCGACGGUGCCACCAGUCAUCCGGGACAUUUUACAGCUACCCGAGACACCGGCGCCUAGGCCGCGUCCGGGUCGAGGCCGGGGUGGACCCCGUGUGGAUGCCACCGGUAGAAGGCUGCCUCCCGGUCCAGCCCCGCCACAGAGCUGGCUGAAUCGGCCGGCACACGGGAUACUUUCCACAGUGCCUCGUCAGUCCGGCUCGGACGGGCGUCGACUAGACAAAUACAUGCUGCCUGAGCUGUACCUUCCGGCCAAAGGUAGUCUGAUUGACUUGACUCUCCGGCAGUUCGCACACAGCUGGGAUUUCCAACGAGAGUAUUGUCGCUACUAUCUUUAUCAGCAUCUACCUACCCAUCUCCGCGAAGCACUCGUGGCGUACCUCGGCAUCUGGAAGGAUCCCGGCAACGUCACUCUAGCCGAUCUCAAGGCCAUUCUCCUCCCUCCACAAAAGCAAGAAGGCAAUGAUGAAGAUGAGGACGCCGAGCAGCUAGAAGAAGAAGAAGAAGAAGAAGACUACCUCGACCCCAGCAUCGCCAACAAAGACUUUCGUCACCUCGACCUCUCCCACUCCAUCGGCACCUCCCUCUCCCUCCGCGAACUAACCGACCUGCUCUUCCCUCCGAAACCCUCCACCACAAAACCCAUCACCGCCGCCUCCCUCAAAACCGCCGAACCAAGAGACUCCUGGGAAGACUCUGCCGACGAAGAAGAUGAAUUCCAACCAGAACCCCCUUCCUCCUCCUCCUCCAUCCCCCGCCCUCUUCUCCCAAACCUCACGCACCUCUCCCUCUCUCUCCCUCCCAACCCUCUUUCCUCUUCUACAUUCACCUCCCCUUCCACCACUCCGGGUAACUACCCCUUACCCUCCUGGCGCCACCUCCUCUCCUUCGCCUCCCACCACCCCACCCUCACCCACCUCUCCCUCGCCAACUGGCCCGAACCCAGUCUCACCCCCAACGCCAAAUACGCAUCCUUUGUCACCGCCCAAGGGAGGAGGGUGCAAUACGGCGGUACGGGUCCCUACAGCCAUUCGCUCGACAACGAUUGGUCGGAAGCGAUCCUGGUGCUAAGGAGAUUAAGUAGGGCGUGGUAUAGACUGGAGUGGUUAGAUCUACGAGGGUGUGGUGGGUGGUGGGAGGCCUUGUGGGCGGUUAGUAGGGGGCCGAUGGGGGAUAUGAUGCAUUUGGAUCAAGAUGGUAGUAGUGGUGCUGGAGAGAGAGAGGAAAGAGAGGAAACAAUGACGGGGGGAGGAGAAGAAGGGGAUAGGGUGGAUUGGAGGGUGGAUUGGGGGAAGGUGGAGACGGUGGUGCUUGGUCUUGACGAGGAGGCAGGACGAGGGAAGUUCUUGGGAGGGGAUGAGAAGAACGGGGUGGCGGUGAUGGAGAAGGGAAAGAGAUUGGAGAGACAUGUGAGGGGGUUGAGGAAGGGGAGGGGGAGGUGGUUUGCUGUUUGUUGAUGGGUCUGUCCUGUCCUGUUCGGAUCCUAACGAAAAUUGUUGUUGUUGAGAACUGUGGUUGUUGGCUGGCCGAAUGGUCAGUACAGUAGACCUUGGGUAUACUGUAUCUGCAUUCAAGUAUAAAUAGUAUACCUUUGAAUCCAGUUACUAGGUGGUUCUUGGAUAAAAUAUUCCUAAAACACUCUAUCCAAUAUGUUCUGAAUCAUUGUAAGCC